AUGAGCUUCAAUAUAGUUUCAGAUCAAGCAACAUCCCGAGGCUUGAGGAUCAAGAAACACGAGUAUGACCAUAGUCGUCACUUUUACAUUGCCCAUUUGAGGAAAGAGCUCCAGAAGGGAAAAAGGUACAUCCUGUCCAUGGAGUUCCUUGGUUAUCUUAAUAAUAAGCUGCAUGGCUUCUACAGAGCGACCUACAAGGAUGUUUAUGGUAACAUCAGAAAUGCGGCUGCGACCCAGUUCCAGCCCACCGCCGCCCGCAAGGCCUUCCCUUGCUUCGACGAGCCCGCACUGAAGGCAACCUUUGAAAUUUCACUCGCAAGGGAAUCUUGGAUGACGACCCUCUCCAACAUGCCCAUUGCCGAAACGGUGCCUGUUGAAGGACAGGAGGGAUGGAUGUGGGAUCGUUACGAGAAGAGUGUCCCUAUGUCCACUUACCUGGUUGCCUUCGUCGUGUCCGACUACGUUCAUAUCAACUCGACCGAGAAUGACCGUGUAGAUUUUCGAGUGUGGGCACGACAAGAGACCAUAGAUCAAGCAGAAUAUGCAAAUGAGAUAGGUCCCAAGAUCUUGUGUUUCUUUGAAGAUUAUUUCAACCUAUCUUAUCCCCUCCCGAAGAUGGACAUGAUUGCAUUAACCGACCUCUCUUUUGGAGGUAUGGAGAACUGGGGUCUAAUAACUUUCAGAGAAAGCUUCUUGUUGUACGACCCACAAGUUUCAACCCCUGCCGAUAAGGCAGUUAUUGCAAAUAUUUUAUCUCAUGAGUUGGCUCACCAGUGGUUUGGCAAUCUGGUGACGCCUAAGUGGUGGGACGACUUGUGGCUCAACGAAGGAUUCGCUACUUAUAUAAGUUACCUUGGAGUAGAUCAUGUGGAACCAACGUGGAAGGCAAUGGAAGAAAUUGUCUUUGAAAUAGUCCAUCGUGUGUUCAAUCUAGACAGCCUGGAGUCCUCCCACAGGAUCAACAUUCCCGCCUCAAACCCGGACGAAAUAUUCGAAGUCUUUGAUGACAUAUCCUACAAUAAAGGAGCGUCUAUCAUCCGGAUGAUGACCCACUACCUCACAGAGCCGACCUUUAGGAAGGGAUUGAACAACUAUCUAAAAGCUUUCACAUACAAUAGUUCUGUGCAAGACGACCUGUGGAAGCAUCUGACUCUAGCGGCUCACGAGGACGGCAUUCUACCCCAGGACGUGACUGUGAAGAUGAUCAUGGACACGUGGACGCUGCAGAUGGGAUACCCCGUCGUGAAGGUGACAAGGAGCCCCGACGGAACCUCUGCUACUUUGACCAGAAGGGAGCGCAAACUCUUCCAGCACCACGGAUUACAAGUGGUGGGUGCCUCUGACCUUCACGACCCAGAGCGAGGCCAACUUCAGCCAGACUCAAGCCAGUUUAUGGAUGAAGGACUCUGA